AAUUCUGUUUAGUUGCUGCUCGAACAUUGGAUUUAAUAUGAGAGUGGAGUUAAAGUGUUAAAAAUAUUUAUUUUGUGAACGAUUGUAUAAAUUACAAAAAUGAAGUCUUUGUUGUCACUUGUCCUUGUGGCAUUGCUGUUCUCGCCAUCGUUAGGUAUGGGAUAUCACCAAACUGGACAAACGGUUUAUUAUCGAACAUCAUCUGGAACUCAUCCGUAUUAUUACUCAAGAUCUUACGCCCCGAUAUCGUAUUAUAACGAUUAUAUUUCUUACAGAUCAAGUGCUGGCUGCAGUAACAACCCUUGUGGAACAAAUGCAAUUUGUAGAGAAGCAUCUGGCGGCAGACCAGUUUGCUCUUGUCCACCCGGACAUUCUGGAAAUCCAUUGACACACUGUUCUCGAGCGGAAUGUUUGGAUCAUAGUGAAUGUGGAGGACACCAGGCUUGUCGAAAUGGUCAUUGUGUUAAUCCUUGCGCUGAUGCUUGCGGUACCAAUGCCAAAUGCGAAACCAGAAAUCAUGUUCCGGUAUGUUCAUGUCUUAACAGAUAUGUUGGAGAUCCGUUCAGUCACUGCCGGCUUCAAGAUCCAGAGGAAUUAUGUCACCCGUCUCCUUGUGGAGUAAACACAAACUGUCAAGUAAUUAAUGGCGUUCCUACGUGCACAUGUCUCCCUGGCUUUGUUGGACAACCAAUCACCGGAUGCAACCACGAAUGUGAAUCCGAUAGUCAUUGUGGACCCCAAGAACAAUGUCAAAACUUCAAAUGUGUCUCGUCAUGCAAUCAAUGUGGCAAAGGUGCGCAAUGUGUUCGUGUCUCGAAUCAUCGUGCUGUUUGUGAAUGUCCCAAGAACUAUAUCGGAUCGCCAUACACUGAAUGUCGUGCCGAAUGUUACGGAGACGUCGAUUGUCCGGGAAGUAAGCCAGCUUGCAUUUAUGGCAUCUGUAAAAAUCCUUGUGAUGGCGCUUGCGGCGUGGGAGCCGAUUGUAAUUUGAGAGGACUUACGCCAGUUUGCUCGUGUCCACGUGACAUGACGGGAGAUCCUUUUGUUAGAUGUCGUCCAUUCACGAAAGAAGAUUUAUGUAUUCCUAAUCCUUGUGGUGCUAAUGCUCAAUGUGUUCCAGGACACGAUAGAUCUGGUAAAGAAAGACCUGUGUGCACAUGUCUUCCAGGAUAUACAGGAAAUGCAUUGAGUAACUGCGUCAGAGGUGAAUGUCAAUCAGAUUCCGAGUGUUCUGAUCAUCGUGCUUGUGUCGCUUAUCAAUGUGUAGAUCCUUGCAUUGGACAAUGUGGAAUUGGAGCUGAAUGCCAUGCUAAGAGACAUUUGGCAGUUUGUACUUGCCCCACAGGCACAUCGGGAGAUGCUUUGGUUCAAUGUAGACAAAGUCGUUCAUUCCCUGUUGCCCGUUAUAAUUACAAGAGAAAGUGAAUUCUGCUUUGAUAAUUUCUUCUUUGCUAACGAAAGUAAAUAACACACCGAAUAAAAUACUCUUGCCAUAAAGAAAAGAUUUAAUAAAAAAAA